AUGUCCGAGUCUUUUACUUUCAAAAUAGGGUCCGACGAGAUCAGAAUAACUGUUGUAACCGAUGAGUCAGAGCUGGAAAGGUCCCACGAAUGGCUGUUUUCUAAUAUUAAGCCACUUCCUAGAACCUUUCACAGAGUUGUCGGUUUUGGCAUAGAGAAGGCAUUCCGUAGUACUACUAUAGAUGGAGCUGUGAGUGAGAAAGUUGCAGUGUUGAAACUAUGUGCAGGAAAUGAUUGCCUUAUUGUCCACCUAAUUCACUUGAAGAAAAUACCCACUUGUCUUGCUAAGUUUCUUGAUGUUUCAGACAUAACAGUUGUUGGUGUCGGCAUCAAACAGAACCUGUGUGAUCUCACAAGGGAUUAUGCAUGGGAUUCAAUGCCGGAAUGCUGUCGUUGA